AUGGCUCGUGAAGCAUUUAUGAGUGGUGUAAACGAUAGUUCGUCAAACGAUUCUAGUGAUCCAAAUCAUACAUAUACUCUUCUUAGCAAUACACAAUUCGCAUUCCUUGUAAUUUUCUCUGUUGUUUGCCACUACGUUGCUUUGAUUUUCUCAGCUACUGCAGUAGGAGAAUCAACAAGUACCCUCUUAUUACCAUUCGUAGUAUUCAAGAGAUUAUUUAUGGGAUUUCUUGGCACCAUCGCAAAGUACAUGCGAAGACGACAAGAACACGUUUUUGUUGGCGUUAGUUACGAAGAUGAUGUCGAGGGCGGUGAUAAUUUUGAUGCGAUCAAUUUACCAGCAGACAGAAACUUCACAUAA